AACCAGGUCACGUGACUGCAGUGUUAUCGCGUCAGACAGUGAGGUGGUGAAAUCUCGUGCAAGCAGAAAUGGAAAUAGAAACUUAAGUGCCCUGUGGGAGUGUAAGACAUUAGUGAAGCUGAUAUUUUGCUUUGACAAACAUGCAGCCAUCCUCCUGUGACACAUUUGUGGCUCUGCCUGCCUCCACUGAGGGACACCGUAUCAUAUUUGGGAAAAACUCUGACAGACCUUGUGACGAAGUCCAGGAAGUGGUUUAUUUUCCUGCUCAAGACUAUGGUGCAGAGGAGAAGGUUGAGUGUACAUACAUAGAGAUUGACCAGGUUGCCCAUACUUAUGCAGUUGUGCUGAGCAAACCAGCAUGGCUGUGGGGGGCAGAGAUGGGUGCAAAUGAGCACCAAGUCUGCAUUGGCAAUGAGGCGGUGUGGGGCAGAGAGAGUUCUGAUGGUGAUGAGGCUCUUCUUGGCAUGGAUCUCGUCAGGCUUGGACUGGAGAGAGCUGACACCGCUGAGAGAGCGGUGGAUGUUAUAACUGAACUGCUGGAGAAAUAUGGUCAGGGAGGACCUUGUAUGGAGGAUGAGGGUAGCUUCACCUACCACAACAGCUUCCUUAUCUCGGACAGGAAGGAGGCAUGGCUGCUAGAAACGUCAGGGAGGUACUGGGCUGCGGAAAGAGUGGAAGGUGGACAUCGCAACAUCUCAAACGAGUAUGCCAUAAGAACAAAGAUAGACAAGGAACAUCCAGAGAUGAGGGAAUAUGCUCGAAGCAAGGGCUGGUGGGAUGGGAAGUCUCAGUUCAACUUUGCUGCAGUUUACUCUUUUAUGAACACUGCCAGAAUAGAAGCCUCUGGGAGCCGAUGCUCUGAGGGAAAGAAGUUGCUGGAAAAAAACAAUGGUCACAUCACUGCUGAGACAAUGAUGGAUAUCCUGAGGGAUAAAGACAGUGGCAUCAACAUGGAGGGCAUGUUCAUGACUACAGGAAGCAUGGUGUCUGUGAUUCCCACAAAUCCUCAUCUGCCAGGAGUUCACUAUUUUACAGCUACUCCAGACCCCCAAAGGUCUGUAUUCAAGCCAUUCAUCUUUGUGAAAUACGCUCAUCAGCUGAAGCAGACGACCUCUCCCAGUUAUGGUCCAAACGACCCUGUAAAGAAGAAACCCCGUUUCCAGAGCAAGCCUGACCGCAAACAUGAGUUAUUUAUCAAGCAUGAACUGGUGGCUGACAUCAUUGACACAAAUAAGGACAAAGGAAAGAAGAUUACAGACAGUAUGAGGCAGCUGGAAAAAGAGACGAUGACAAAAAUGGAGGAGAUUCUUUCACGUGGCAUUGUGCAGCCUGAUUUUUUGGUGAAUUUGUUCCCAAAUUCUGUGCAGGAGGAGAUGGCCCUGUACAGCAAAAGCUGAAAAGGCCUGCAGCUUACUAGUUACCAAAUGGCGAUCAGCCCAGGAAACAGUAAAAUGUUAAGAGUUCAGUGUGAAUAAAUAUGUAUAGACAAACAGAACCC